AUGAGCACUGCCGAAGAGCCAGAUGAUUUGAAGACGGCCAUCGAGAACCCGGAGUUUUCGCGCAAAGAUGACGGAAUGCAACGGGCCGCCCAGAUUCGCAUAAAGCAGGUUGCGAACGUCUCGAUCUGUUCUUCUGGACUUUGUCAUUUCAGAGGUACAAUUGUGCGGAGCAGGAGAUCACCCAAAUGCGGCCGCCGUUCCUCGGAUUCUCGGUUUUCGUUCGGUUCCAGUCACGAGCCCGCGUUCACAAAAUCAAGAUAAUCAGCGGCGAAGCGAUCGAAGCGAUUGUGAAUGGAAGUCCGGUUCCCUACUCGUGA